GUAACGCACACGCUCCAAGCUAAGCAGCGAUGGAUUUCCUCAACGCAGUCUGGCGCUUCUCCUUCGGCCGAAAUCAACACCUGGCGGACGGACAGAAGGCACUUGAGCGUAUUCAGGACUUGCUGGUCAAAGCGAUCAUCAAAUACGAUGGCGUCCCGCACGCGCUGACGGUCGAGGAGAUUGCACCCGUCAAGGCCAUCUGCGACCAGCUCUUCCCGGCCAAUUUCCAGCUGAAAGUGCCAAGCGCGGAGGACAGCGGACCGGAACGCCCAAAGCGUGUGCACUACCAGCACGUCUAUGAAGACGAGACGUUCUCCAUCGGGAUCUUCAUCUUACCGCCGGGUGUAUCCAUUCCGUUGCACGACCACCCGGGCAUGAGCGUCAUCUCGCGCGUGUUGUACGGCUCUCUGCAUAUCAAGUCGUACGAUCUCAUCAAGGACGGCGCCGCAGCGAGCGGUAAGAAGCACAAGGCGCGUCUUCGUGUAGACAAAACCAUCACAGCUCCGUACACGACGGAGUUGCUUCCAGACCACAGCAACCUACACGAGCUCGUCGGCGACGACGAUAUUGGAUGUGCCUUCCUCGACAUUAUCACGCCGCCCUACCAUAGCAAUGAAGGCCGCGACUGUACCUACUACCGUGUCAUCGACUCUUCCGAUUGCAACAGCGAGAAAACUGUGACACUUGAGAGCUAUUUUCCUCUCGACUUUGAUGUGGUCACAGAGGCUUAUCACGGUCCCCACUUGCAACGAUAUGUGAUGUAAAAACUUAAAAACAAGAAAACAAUACGUGGAGCCUCAAAAGAAUUACAUUCUACGUCAGCUUAUGUCCUCGUACUAGGCGAAAAGCACCUAGUUCUCCGAGGGCAUGGAACGCAGAAUGUCCGAGUCACCGGCGUCAAGGAUGCACAUGCACGACACGCGGAAGUACUUGCCACAAGCCGUACCGAGGUCGUUGUUGGUGCCCGAGAAGUGGUGCACGCCAGUCUUGGCAAGCAUCGAGUAGUACUCGACCUCCGACUUGCGGAGCGGAGGCGUGUUCGAGGCCAUGAUCACGAGCUUGGCCUUGCCGCUGCGCAGGUUCUUGAGGGUCUGCUUGUAUCCCAGAGCGACCUUACCGGAGCGCAUCACCAGCUGCAGGCGCGAGUUGAUGUUGUCCGAGGACUUCUUCUGCUCAUUAGAAAACACAGCGAGUGAUUAAUAUAAUUUGUCGUUCCUCCAUCGAAUUCUCCCAUCCGACUUCGCAGGAACGGCAGCGUCGCCUUCCACGGCGAAAGCGACUGCACGCGACCUCGUCCACCGGAUGGGUAUUGCACUGAAUCAAGCAGCAGUAGUGCACCCUACCGACUUCUUAGAGGCAACCAUCUUGAUUCGUUUCUCUGCGUAAGCUCCAC